CCAAAUCAAAAUGCGGCUCGCUCUCUUCGCAUCUCUCGCCAGCACGGCCUUCGCCUGUUCGCCUAUGUACAACCCAGACUACUAUGGGAACUUCCGCCCGCCGGUGGCCUGCUGGCAUGGCCAAGAUACAAUGUGUAGACCUUACAUCCGCGCGGGUACCCAGCAACUACUCCUCCCCGACGAGAACGUUGUCGUCGUGGUCCCCUUGUCGGAGACUUGCAUCGCCACUAUCGCGGAGGAGCACGCCCGCGAGCAAGAUGGGCGCCUAACUUACGGCUGGACCCAGCAGCACGGAAAUCUUCAUGUUGUUGGGAACACCCUCGUGAUCACCGAAGCGAACAUGCCGUUCUAUCAGGCAUUGGUGUACCUGUAACCUGCCCUGGUAACAGGGCUAACGGUGUGCCCCUGCCGGGUCUGACCUCUGCUAUCGUUGGCCUUGUUAUAGGGAAUAUUGUUUAUUGAGUAGUGGCUGGGACGACCACGCCACCUCCUCUGGGGAAGUCGAGGGAGAGCAGUGUUUUGCUUUGAGAAUCUCCCGCUUAGAAGAUUAAUC